AUGGACCAGGGCUUUCUGCAGGUCGCGCAACUGUCCCUGCUUGUCUUCGACGAGUGCCAUCGGGCCAAGGGCAACCAUCCCAUGGCCGCGAUCAUGGCAGACUUCGUGCAGCACGCGCCGGAAAGCCAGCGGCCUCGAAUUCUGGGCCUGACAGCCAGCUUCUUCGACGGAGCGAUGAAGAACAGAAAGCAGGUGGAGAAGCACCGUUUGGAGCUGGAGCUGCGGCUUCUUUCCAGCAUCUACAGCCCUGACCUGCCCGAGGAUGCUGCAGCGCCUGCAG